AUGCCGGUAUACGGACCGAGCAGCAGCAAAAAGGCCCCAGUCCAAACUGCUCUGCCCAUGGAGGUGGUGUUAAAAGUGCUUCCAAAAGUCCUGCAGGGCUUCUGGUUGCCCCCUCCAAACACCUCCUUCAACAUGCCCUCCCAGCAGCUGAGUAAAAUGGCUGUUGGGGUCACAAAAGCAGUCCAGGACCGGGGUUAUCCUCAAGACGUCCUGGUGAAGCGGCUCAACAGCUUUGCAGCAGAGGUGCUGAACACCAUCACUGAUGUUGCAGUGAGGGAGAUAUGUGCACUGUUUCAGCCUCAGACUCCACAAGCCGUUCAGACCACCUCUGAUGAACCUCCUGCACCAACUGCCACCCAGAAUGUCUUUGACAGAAGCAUGGAUGAAACUGAACCAGAACCAGAAUCGGCUGUGGUUUUUACUCCACCAUGUCCUCUGACCGCCUCUGAUGAACCUCCAGCCCACACUGCCAGUCCAGAACCAGACUCGGCUGUGGUUUCUACUCCACCAUGUCCUCUGACCAUCACUGAUGAACCUCCAGCCCACACUGCCAGUCCCGAACCAGACUCGGCUGUGGUUUCUACUCCACCGUGUCCUCUGACCGCCACUGAUGAACUUCCUGCCAACACUGCCAGUCCAGAACCAGACUUGGCUGUGGUUUCUGCUCUAUCGUGUCCUCUGAACACCACUGAUGAACUUCCUGCUCACACUGCCAUUUUGAUAUAUAGCAACAAAAUGUCCUUUGUUGAAGGAAGCAGGGGCAUCUACAGACCCAUCAGGGUGUUGUUUGACACACCCAUAUAUGAGAGGGCUCUGCAGAUCUGCUGGCACUUGCCCUCUUAUAAGUCUAUGAUUGCACUGAUGUCUCAGUUGUUGAGGCUUCAGCAGAAAAACCAGCUCCCAUCUGAGGUGACUGCUGAAAAGAUGAGUGAGCUGCUGGUUGAGCAGAGCAAAGAGACACUGAGAGUACAGCUCUGGGAGUUUAACUGGACGGUUAUGAUGCUGACGUCAGGCCUCUUUCUUCAGCGGUAA